CUCUUUCACGUUAAGACCUUGUAACCAAAUACCGAGCGGACUGAACAGUCAGCCACUUCCAGUCACGUGAACGAUGCCUGGGGGCUGCGCAUGCGCCCGGAGUCCAGCCUCGGUGUUUGGAGGAGAAGCAUCUGCCUGGCCCAGAGCGCGGAGGAGAGAAGCCCAGCGGCCUCGCUAGGGAAGAAAUCCUGAGCCGGGUGACGAGUCCACCGACUGCCGUACGUCACGACCAUCCCUGUCCCGCUGCGGAACAGGCACUGGCCCCACUUGAGUGUGGAACCAACUUUGAGAAUUCUGGAAGAAGUCGAGUUCUGUCCCAGGGCCAGAUUCUGAUUUCGUUCUCUCUCCCACUUGUCAGAUUUUUGAGUUGUACGUCAAGUCUGGGGCUGAUCAUUCCACGCUUGUUUAACCUGCCCAUGAGGUUCACAACAGUUUUUCCAGCUCUUUGAUCAUCAGUGAUUUCAAAUUUGCCAACAUAACCAUGCUUCAUCAUCGCAGUUAGAAGUUGACUUUGGAGCAUGGCCUGAUGGAUAAUGGUUAAGGAACAAUCUGAAAUUCAAUCCAAAAAGAAGAUAGAAGGUAAUUGGUAAAAGGUUUUUGCUUUGUGAAAGAAAGGGAGUUCGACAAUACCUUGUGGUCUGUGGAUUUAUCUGCCCAAGAUAACUUUGAUGUGAGAAGAUUUAAUGUGAAAUCAGCAUUGAAAUUUGUUGCCUGUUCCAGUCAAAGUUUGUAGGCUUCAAAAAAUACCAAAAAAUCCUGAAGUUGGUACCUUUUUUACCAAGGUAAAUUUUUACCAAGAUAAUUUCAGAAUGUCCAGCAAGGAAGUAAAGACUGCUCUAAAAAGUGCUAGAGAUGCUAUCAGAAACAAAGAAUACAAAGAAGCUUUGAAACAUUGUAAGACCGUGUUAAAACAAGAGAAAAAUAACUAUAAUGCCUGGGUUUUUAUUGGUGUUGCUGCAGCCGAGUUAGAACAACCUGAUCAGGCCCAGGGUGCCUAUAAGAAAGCUGCUGAACUAGAGCCAGACCAAUUACUGGCUUGGCAGGGGUUAGCAAGCUUGUAUGAGAAAUGUAAUCACAUAAAUGCUAAGGAUGACUUACCUGGUGUUUACCAGAAGCUCUUGGAUCUUUAUGAAAGUGUUGACAAACAGAAGUGGUGCGAUGUCUGUAAGAAACUUGUGGACCUAUAUUACCAAGAAAAGAAACACGUAGAGGUGGCCCGAACAUGGCACAAAUUGAUAAAGACACGGCAGGAGGAAGGUGCAGACAACCAAGAGCUUCAGCAGCUAUGGAGGAAAUUGACUCAGUUGCUGGCUGAGAGUACUGAGGAUCAGAAUAAUGAGACCCAGCAAUUGCUUUUAACGGCUUUUGAGAAUGCACUGGACUUAUCAGAUAAGAUUCCUAGUGAAGAUCACCAAGUACUUUAUAGACAUUUUAUUCACUGUUUAUCCAAAUUUCCUCAUGAGACUGCUAGGUUGAAGAAGGCCUGUGAAGGAAUGAUAAACAUCUAUCCCACCAUACAAUAUCCAUUAGAAGUGCUUUGUUUGCAUUUAAUUGAAUCAGGCAGUCUUACUGAUGAAGGACAGCAGUAUUGUUGCAGAUUAGUAGAAAUGGAUUCCAAAAGUGGCCCAGGCUUCAUUGGUUUAGGCAUUAAAGCAUUACAAGACAAGAAGUAUGAAGAUGCUGUUAAAAACCUAACAGAAGGUUUAAAGGAAAGCCCUCUUUGCACAACUGGAUGGUAUCAUCUGGCAGAAGCCCAAAUUAAAAUGCAUAGACCUAAGGAAGCUGUUCUUUCAUGCAAUCAAGCUCUGAAGAAUAUAGAUAAUCUUGGUGUGUCUGGUGGCAGUCUUCAUCAGAAGAAUCUUUGUCUCCGUUUGAAAGCAGAGGCUUUGAUUAAACUCUCAGAUUAUGAAUCUUCAGUGGAAGCAAUUUGUGCUCUUGAUCAGGUUUCUGAUGCAAAUAAUAUCCCAGGACUUUUGGUUCUUAAAAGCUUGGCCUAUCUGAACAAAGGCUCCUUAGAUGAAGCUUCAAAGAUUAUGGAAGACCUUCUUUCUUCUUACCCUGACCUAGCUGAAGUUCAUGCCCUGGAGGCUUUGAUUCAUUUUACCAAAAAGGACUAUCUACAAGCAGAGAAAUGCUUUCAGAGAGCUCUUGAGAAAGAUCCUGAAGUUGCUGAAUAUCAUUAUCAACUUGGGUUAACAUAUUGGUUCAUGGAUGAAGAAACAAGAAAAGAUAAAACUAAGGCUCUUACCCACUUUCUAAAGGCUGCCAGGCUGGAUACAUACAUGGGCAAAGUUUUCUGCUAUUUGGGUCAUUACUACAGAGAUGUGGUAGGAGAUAAAAACAGAGCCCGUGGCUGUUACAAGAAAGCUUUUGAAUUAGAUGAUACUGAUGCUGAAUCUGGAGCUGCAGCAGUUGACUUAAGUGUGGAACUUGAAGAGAUGGAAACAGCCUUAGCUAUUCUAACAACAGUAACUCAGAAGGCAAGUGCUGGAACAGCAAAAUGGGCCUGGCUUAGGCGAGGACUAUACUAUUUGAAAGCUGGUCAACAUUCUCAAGCUGUGGCUGAUUUACAGGCAGCAUUAAGGGCAGACCCAAAGGACUUCAAUUGUUGGGAGUCAUUAGGAGAGGCCUACUUAAGCAGAGGUGGCUAUACCACAGCUUUGAAAUCCUUCACAAAAGCCAGUGAGCUGAACCCAGAAUCCACAUACAGUGUGUUUAAGGUUGCAGCAAUACAGCAAAUCCUAGGCAAAUACAAGGAGGCGAUAGCUCAGUACCAGCUGAUCAUUAAAAAGAAAGAAGAUUAUGUGCCGGCUUUGAAAGGUUUGGGCGAAUGCCAUCUCAUGAUGGCAAAAGCGGCUCUAGUCGAUUAUCUUGAUGGGAAAGCUGUAGACUACAUAGAAAAAGCACUGGAAUACUUUACUUGGGCUCUGCAGCAUCAAGCUGAUGUGUCUUGCCUUUGGAAGCUAGUUGGGGAUGCUUGUACCAGUCUGUAUGCUGUCUCACCGUCUAAAGUGAAUGUUAAGGUUUUAGGAGUCCUGCUAGGUCAGAAAGAAGGAAAACAAGUAUUAAAGAAGAAUGAGCUCCUCCAUCUUGGAGGAAGGUGUUAUGGUCGUGCAUUAAAACUGAUGUCUACAUCUAAUACUUGGUGUGAUCUUGGAAUUAAUUAUUAUCGCCAAGCACAAAAUCUCACAGAAACAGGCAACAAUACAAAUGAUCUAAAAGAGUUGUUGGAGAAAUCUUUACAUUGUCUGAAAAAGGCAGUGAGACUUGACAGUAAAAAUCACUUAUACUGGAAUGCACUUGGUGUGGUUUCAUGUCACAAUGGUAUUGGAAAUUAUGCCCUUGCUCAACACUGUUUCAUCAAGUCAAUUCAAUCGGAACAAAUUAAUGCUGUUGCAUGGACCAACUUGGGAGUGUUAUACCUUGCAAGUGAAAACAUUGAGCAAGCUCAUGAAGCUUUCAAAAUGGCUCAGUCUCUCGAUCCAUCUUAUUUAAUGUGCUGGAUUGGACAAGCUCUUAUUGCAGAGACAGUUGGAAGUUAUGACACCAUGGAUCUUUUUAGGCACACUACGGAACUCAAUAUGCAUACUGAGGGAGCAAUAGGUUAUGCAUACUGGGUCUGUACCACAUUGCAAGAUAAAAGCAACAGAGAUACAGAGCUGUACCGGUACAACAUCGUUCAGAUGAAUGCUAUUCCAGCAGCACAAGUUGUUUUGAGUAAAUACAUAGAAAGAAUUCAGAAUUAUGCUCCAGCUUUCACAAUGUUGGGUUACUUAAAUGAACAUCUACAACUGAAAAAGGAAGCCGCAGAUGCAUACCGAAGGGCAAUGUUAUUAUUACAGACUACAGAAGACCAAGAUACUUAUAAUGUUGCAGUAAGAAAUUAUGGCAGAUUGUUAUGUUCCAUUGGUGAAUAUGAUAAAGCCAUUCAGGCUUUUAAGUCAACACCCCUUGAGGAGUUAGAAGACAUCAUAGGUUUUGCACUGGCUUUAUUUAUGAAAGGCCUAUAUAAAGAAAGCAGCAAAGCCUAUGAGAGAGCCUUGUCUAUUGUUGAAUCAGAGCAGGACAAAGCCCAUAUCUUGACAGCUCUGGCGAUAACAGAGUAUAAACAAGGAAAAAUGGAUGUAGCCAAGACAUUGCUAUUUAAAUGCUCUAUCUUAAAGGAACCAACCAUAGAAAGCCUUCAAGCCCUGUGUGCUCUAGGAUUGACAAUGCAGGAUGCUACAUUGUCAAAAGCAGCACUUAAUGAAUUACUGAAGCACGUCAAACAGAAAGACAGUGAUUAUCAAAAGUGCCUUCUUACUUCAGCGAUUUAUGCACUGCAAGGCCGCAGUCUGGCAGUGAGGAGACAAGCAUCUAAAGCUGUCCAUAGUAACCCAGCUGAUCCUGCUCUUUGGUCUCUGUUGUCCCGAGUAGUUGCUCAGUAUACUCACCAAAGUGCAAAGGGAGGUGCUAUAGCAGGAAAUGUGGCUCAUAUUUUGGAUUCAAAUCAUGGAAAGAAGGCAUUACUGUACACUGCAGUAAAUCAGUUAGCCAUGGGAAGCAGUUCAGCAGAAACUGAAAAAAACCUUGCACUAAAGACCAUUCAGAAAGCAGCUCUUCUUUCUCCAGGUGAUCCUGCCGUCUGGGCUGGGCUAAUGGCAGCCUGUCAUGCUGAUGAUAAACUGGCUCUAGUGAACAACACUCAGCCAAAGAGAAUGGAUUUGUACUUGGCACUGUUAUCUGCUGUUUCUGCUUCACUUAAAGACAAAGAAUUCCUUAAAGAUUAUAACCAAUCUCUUGAAAAGUGGUCUCUCUCCCAAGCUGUCACUGGUCUGAUAGACACAGGAAGAAUAUCUGAAGCUGAAGCCCUCUGCACAAAGAAUUUAAAAAGUAACCCUGAUCAGCCAGCUGUUAUCUUGCUUUUGAGACAAGUUCAGUGUAAACCACUCCUGGAGUCGCAAAAACCUCUCCCAGAUGCUGUACUUGAAGAGCUGCAGAAAACAGUCAUGUCCAACUCAACUUCUGUUCCAGCUUGGCAGUGGCUUGCACACGUAUAUCAGUCCCAAGGAAUGAUGGGUGCUGCAGAGAUGUGUUAUAGAAAGAGUCUACAAGUAGCAUCCCAACAGGGCAGUUGGAGCGGGAAGCUGUCGAGUCUGUUGAAACUAGCUCUGCUUGCUUUAAAAGUAUGCAUGGCUAAGAAUUUCAAUGAUCACUGGUCAUCUUUGGUUCAAGAAGCUACAACUGAGGCCUUAAAACUUUGCUUUUGUCCAUUGGCUGUCUUUUUACAAGCUUUGUUACAAUUCAACCGCAAAAUGGGGGCAAGAGAGACUCGGCGACUUUUGGAAAGAGUGGUAUAUCAGCCUGGGUAUCCCAAGUCUAUAGUAUCAACUGCACGUUGGUAUCUACUGAGACACUUACAUGCCAAAAAUGACUACGAGCUUAUUGAUGUGCUGGUAAACAAUGCCAAAACUCAUGGAGAUACAAGAGCAUUGGAAUUGAAUCAGAAAUUGUCCUCACAGUAACAGUACAUUAUUUUAUAGUAAGCAAGCAGAGAAUAAGUUAUUAGAGAAAAAUCAAUGAAUCAAGACUUUUCCCCAAGGCAACAUUUUAAAAAACCAUAGUUAUAAUCAUCUGUUCCUAUUUUAAAUCUAAAGACAUUUAAGUUCUUAAACUAGGGAUUUAGUUUUCCAGAAACUCUUAAUGUAACUUUAAUUUGAAAAAUAUGUUUGAUUUUGAGAAGUCCAUAAUGAAAGGAAACAUGAUUCCCUUAGGUAUUCAUCAGUAAUUUGUAAAACCAUUCUUUUCUCCGUCUUGCAUUGUGCAUAAUAUAUUUUUUGUACCCCUUUACAAUAAAGCCUUAAUAGCCAUUUUCCAAAUAAUAUGCAAAAGCAGAUUAGCACAGUGCAGAAUUUUAUGUUAAAAAAUAAAUUGAAGGAUUUAAUUCCUUCUUUGAAUUCUAGAGUUUAGCAGACCAACUCAUAACAUCUAAAUAAUCUCAUAGCCUAUUUUACUAGUGGUUCAUCUCAGAUUCUGUUGAAGAAAUAUAAUGUUAAUGUUCAUGAAUCUUAGACUGCUAAUGGAUAUGUUUAGAGAAUUCAAAACACUCAGGUGUAUGGCUGCAUUAAAAAAAUGAAUGGAAAAUUUUGGAAAAUAAUGCAGACAGUGUUUAAUCGAUCAUGCAGUUUCUUCAAUUAUGAUAAAAAGACUUGAACUUUCUGAAAUAAAAAAUAGUCUUAUUUUCUUUGUAGUAUUAAUAUCAGAUAUAAUUUCUAAGUUCAAAUUUUAAAACUUGAAAGCACAUUUACCUAUUUUAGUUUUUCAAAAACCCUUUUAUAUAUCUGAAAAAACUGUAUGUUGCUUACCUUGGAUUUAUGGUUUUAAAAAAUAUUUUCAGAUAUUUACAUAUAUUGUAUGAAAAUGUGUGGUUGUACAAUUUAUGUAUGUAAUUUUUCUAAAUGACCUCUAUGAUGUUAUUUUGCGAGAUUAUAUAAGUUGAUUAUAUUCUGUAAUUAAAUUUUACUCCAAAGGUUAAUCUGUUGAACAACUAUAAUUUAGUGAAUUCCGAAAUUUGGCUGAAUAUUAUCAUCAUUCAGACCUAUGCAAUCAGAAUCUUUAAGGAUAAGGGCUUAGGACUCUGCAUUAUAAGGGAUGCCUAAGAGAUUCUAAUGUUCAUUCAGGCUGGUGAACCACUGGAUUGAUCCAAUGAUGAUUCUUCCUUUUACUUGUUCUUUAACAAGAUCAAGCACUUGAUCUAUGGUCAUUUCUUCUAUGGUCAUUUCUAUGGUCUGUGGUCUAUGGUCAUAGAAUUCUAUGGUCAUUUCUUCCUUGUCCUCACAAUUGUCAAACUGAUUCAGUGCUUUCAACAGCCUGGCCCACGUACUUAGCCAGAGAUAAGCUGCAAAAGGUUGCCUGUGCCUCUCUGGUGCCCAUGCCCUCCUCCUUCCAAGAAGCACUUUAGACUUUACCCCAGAAUGAGUUGGAUCUAUCUGCUCAAGUGCUUAUGAAUCACUUCUUGUUUCCCAUCUGCUUUCUAGGGUGUUCCUUGCUUUAUAAGAUUACUUUCUCCUACAGUGUGGACUUGGUUAGCCUUUGCUUCAGAGCCAAGGAUUGACCUUUUGACUACGAUGCCUAUUUCUGGCUUCUGGGGACCUCAGACCCAGUUUUUCUAGAAAGGAAGGUUCAAAAACACAAUAGUUAAUACCAUCUCAGGUAAUUCUUUUUUGGAUGGAUGUACACACGUCUUCUUUUUUGUUACUUUCUCUUAAAAUUACUGCCCAGUUACUUUGAGGCUGAAAUCAUAAAUAUAUGAUUUUACAGCGCUUACUUCAUGCUAGACCUAUGCUAAGUGUUUUAAACAUUGUCAUUUAAUCCUAGUAAGUGAAGGAGAAUAGUGCUAAACAGCAUGCUUAAAGCAAAGAAAAACUGAAAAGGCAUCAGUAUUAUCAGAUUCUAGGAAUUUUAAAGUAGCUAAAGUUUCCCUUCUUUUUAUAUGUAAGUUUAGAGAAAUUACAUAAAAAUUAUUCCCAGAAGUAUCAAUAUUUGGCAUUCAUAUUAGGUGUUUUGUUUUGAGAAUUAUAGUGCAUUUUUGCUCAUUUUUAUCCACCGUUUGGCUAUUAUUGAUGAAUUAGAUGUUUAUAAUCCAGCUAAGUAUCUGAUUAUCAUUUUCUGUGAAAAAAUAUAUUUCGGCUUAAUGAGUAAACGUUUAGAACACAGUCUAUUUAUUUGGGAUCACUUGUCAUAUUUCUCGAAUGUCCCUUGCAUUAAUUUACGGUCAGGAUAAUUAAAAAAAAAACACUUUAGUUUAAAAUGCUGUGCUAUUUAUUAAGUUUACAAAAGGAGUUGACUUUCUUUCAUUUGGGAAUCUAUACCGAACAAGAUUGGACAGAAAUACUCAGGUUCUGCAUUAAGGGAAUUAAAAGAUAUGGUUACCUAAACUAGCAUUAAAAAAAUAAACUGAAACAUUAGUUAGGUAAAUAUUUACUAAUAUGUAAUAUAUAAAUAUGAAAAGAUACAUAAUUGGUUGCCUCAUAGAAAAUCUUGACACUUGUUUUGGGGAUAUUUUACAGGAACACAAAAAUGAAGCAUAUUUCAUGUAUGAGUCAGAGGGGCUUGCAGAUCUAUUUCAUUUUUUGCACACUUUAAAAAAUGUGAAACUUUGUUUUGGCAUAGUUGACCCUUGUCUCUCUACAGGUCUUCCUUUCUUCCACGUUAGUUGCUAAUGGAUAGAAAGCUUCUCAGACUCCCAUUUGUAGUACUCAGCUGCUGGUUAUAAAGUGUCAAUUUGCAAGAGAGUUUUUUUUGUUUUUGUUUUUUACAUUAAAAGAUAUAUUUGUGUAUCAGAUACAAAUACAAUAAUCUUGCCAUAUAUCUAUUUUUAAGACUUUUUAUACAGAGAAGGUAAAACGUCAGAAAAUUCCCUUAUUUAGAGGGUAUACUUGAUUUUUGGUUUAGAAAAUAGAAUCACUUAAGGUCUAUGGCACUGAAAAAUCCACUCAAGGUGUCUGGCUGUCCCUUUGCUCUAUAAUAAUGGAUUUUUCCUCUUUGGGGCUGAUUAAAAGGAACUUUUUGAAUUGCAGUGGUUUAAAUUCUAAUGUACUUAAAAUAUAUCUUGUACACUAUAAUUUUUUAAAAUAAAUGCUAAAUUAUCUUUAGACCUUAAAAUGUUUUGAGGAAACUUAAGAAUAGGAUCUCUUUAACAAGCAGCUAUUAUAAAACAUUUGAAAUCCUUUUUUUUUAUAUUUUCAAAUUAUAACUGAAAAUACCAAUUUGUUUUAGUGAAAGGAUAUGAUAGCAGGAGAGGGAUAAUUAAAAUUGGAAUAUCCCUUGGAAAAUAGAAGAAUAGUGAGAGAAUAGGUUGGGUUUCAUAUUAUAUCACUGGAGUGUUGAAAUACUCUACAUGUCAUUGUCUCUUCUGAGUUUGAAUCAGUAUAAAAGUUCAUUCAGGCUGUACACUACUUCCCCUGUAUGUAGUACCUAUUACAAAAACAUUUAAAUUAUAUUAGUUUUUCUGGAGAGAAGAUGGGCUGAGCAAUAAAAAAAUUGUUUAUCUUACUAUUUUUGCUUAUAUGGGAGACGGAGUAAUGGUCCCAAAGGUAUCAUGCCCUUAUCAUCAGAACUUGUGAAUAUGUGGCAAAGGGGCUAUGCAAUAUAGACCUUGACAUGAAGAGAUUAUCCUGGAUUAUUUGAAUGGACCUAAUUUAAUCACAGAAGUCCUUAAAAGUGGAGAGCCUUUCUGAGAGUGACAGUGGAGGGUUAGAGGUUCAACAUUGCUGACUUUGAAGAUGGAGGAAGGUGGUUCCAUUCGUGGAAUAAAGGCAGGCUCUAGAAACUUGAAAAAAACAAGGAAACUUUUUUCCAGUAGAGUUCCUAGAAAGGGAUGCAGCCCUGCUGGCACCUUGAUUGUAAUCUGCGGAGACACAUGUUGGACCCAUGUCUCCAUGUGGAGACAUCUGACUUACAGAACUGUAAUAUAAUAAAUUUAUGUUGUUUUUAAGCCGCUAAGUUUGUGGUAAUUUGUUAUGGCAGCAGAGAAAAUUAAUGCAUUGCUCAUUGUGUAUAUCGUUAAAAUGAAUACACCUUCCUUUGAAUUUGAAUUUCACUAGAUCACUGAAACUGGGGAUUAUCCUCUUAAAUUGUUGCCAAAAAGGGGACAGAUAAAGAUGAUGACUUACUCAAAAGAGUUACUGUGAAAAUAUAAAUGUCAUGAGUAUUUGACUCUUAA